CGGCUCUGUCUUCAGACUGCAUUACCCAGAAUUCCAGAGGCGGAGCCUACCUGCCCACACCUGCAGAGAGUUGAGACACUGAAGACUGAAGGGAGAAAAAAGACACGAGAGUAAAAUGCUGAUUAAAGCAGCAGAACCGCAGUGAAGCGAGCUGAACCGGACCGAGUAGGUCUGAUCCGGACUUACCUGACCCAGGACCGGGCCCAGCUCACCUGGAUCCACCUGAGACCCACCGAAGGUUUCUUAACUUUUCUCUGAAGCAGGAAGUGAAGCAGCAGACAUGGGGAGUAAGGAGCGUUACCAUUGGCAGGCUCAGAAUGUGAAGGUGAGCGGCGUUGAUGACAUGGUGCUGCUGUCCAAGAUCAACGAGGACGCCAUCACAGACAACCUGAAGAAGAGAUAUAUGGACGACUACAUCUUUACUUACAUCGGUCCAGUGCUGAUCUCUGUGAAUCCGUUCAAACAGCUGCCGUAUUUCACCGAGAGGGAAGUGGAGCUUUACCAGGGCGCGGCUCAGUACGAGAACCCCCCCCACAUCUACGCACUGGCUGACAACAUGUACAGAAACAUGAUGAUAGACAGCGAGAACCAGUGUGUCAUCAUCAGCGGCGAGAGCGGCGCCGGAAAAACUGUUGCUGCCAAAUACAUCAUGAGCUACGUGUCCAAAGUGUCCGGAGGAGGCGACAAAGUUCAGCACGUCAAAGACAUCAUCCUGCAGUCCAACCCUCUGCUCGAGGCCUUCGGAAACGCUAAAACCGUCCGCAACAACAACUCUAGCAGAUUUGGCAAAUACUUCGAGAUCCAGUUCAGCCGAGGAGGAGCUCCUGAUGGAGGCAAAAUCUCCAACUUCCUGCUGGAGAAAAGUCGAGUUGUCUCCCAGAAUCAAGGAGAGAGAAACUUCCAUAUCUACUACCAGCUGCUGGGAGGGGCUACCACAGAGCAGAGGGAGAACCUCGGGGUCACGACCCCUGACUACUACAAUUACCUCAACCAAACGGGAACCUACACGGUGGAGGACGUUAACGACAAGAAGGAGUUCUCGGAUACGAUGGAGGCCAUGUCAGUGGUCGGUCUGUCUCUGGAAGAUCAGGAUUCAGUUCUUCAGCUCGUCGCAGGAAUUCUUCAUCUGGGAAACAUCAGCUUCAGAGAGGAGAACAACUACGCGGUGGUGGAGAGCCAGAACUUCCUGGCCUUUCCGGCCUACCUGCUGGGGAUCUCUCAGGACGGUCUCUGCAGUAAGCUGACCAGCAGGAUUAUGGACAGUAAGUGGGGUGGGAAGACCGAGUCCAUCUCGGUGACCCUGAACACCGAGCAGGCCUGUUUCUCCCGAGACGCCCUGUCCAAAGCGCUGUACGCCCGACUCUUCGACUUCCUCGUCGAUUGUAUUAAUAAAGCCAUGCAGAAGGAGCAGGAGGAGCUCAACAUCGGAGUCCUCGACAUCUACGGCUUCGAGAUCUUCCAGCAAAAUGGUUUUGAGCAGUUUUGCAUCAACUUUGUGAACGAGAAGCUGCAGCAGAUUUUUAUUGAGCUCACGCUGAAGGCUGAACAGGAGGAAUACGUACAGGAGGGAAUCAAAUGGACUCCCAUCGAAUAUUUUAACAACAAGGUGGUCUGUGACCUCAUCGAGUCCAAACUGAAUCCUCCUGGGAUCAUGAGCAUCCUGGACGACGUGUGCGCCACGAUGCACGCUAAAGGUGAGGGGGCGGAUCAGACCCUGCUGCAGAAAUUACAGGGACAGAUUGGAUCUCACGAACACUUCAGCAGCUGGAACAAAGGAUUCGUAGUCCACCACUAUGCUGGAAAGGUGUCGUAUGAUGUCAGCGGGUUCUGUGAGAGGAACAGAGAUGUGUUGUUCAAUGACAUCAUCGAGCUGAUGCAGAGCAGCGAGUUUCCGUUCAUCAGAGCUCUGUUCCCUGAGAACCUGGAGGCAGAGAAGCGAGGGCGACCGACCACCGCUAGCAGUAAGAUCAAGAAACAAGCUAAUAGUCUGGUGCAGACCCUGAUGAAGUGCACCCCCCACUACAUCCGCUGCAUCAAGCCCAAUGAAACCAAACGCUCCCGGGACUGGGAGGAGAACCGGGUCAGACACCAGGUGGAGUACCUGGGCCUGCGAGAGAACAUCAGAGUCCGUCGAGCUGGAUAUGCUUACAGACGAGUCUUCAAUAAGUUCCUGCAGAGGUACGCCAUCCUGACGAAGGAGUCCUGGCCUCAGUGGAGAGGUGAUGAGCGUCAGGGAGUGCUGCACCUCCUCAACUCGGUCAAUAUGGACCAGGAUCAGUUCCAGCUGGGGAAGACCAAAGUCUUCAUCAAAGCUCCAGAGUCGCUCUUUCUGUUGGAGGAGAUGAGGGAGAGGAAAUAUAACGGGUAUGCUCGUGUCAUCCAGAAGGCGUGGCGCAAACACGUUGCUGUUCGCAAAUACGUCAAGAUGAGGGAGGAAGCCUCUGAUGUUGUGCUGAACAAAAAAGAGCGCCGCAGAAACAGCAUCAACAGGAACUUUGUGGGUGAUUAUAUCGGGACCGAUAACCAUCCUGAGAUCAGACAGUUUGUCGGCCGCAGAGAGAGAAUUGAUUUUGCUGACGUCGUGGUGAAAUAUGACCGCAGAUUCAGGUCCGUGAAGAGAGACCUUAUCCUGACACCAAAGGUCCUUUACAUGAUUGGUCGGGAGAAGGUGAAACACGGUCCAGAUAAAGGUCAAAUCCAGGAGGUUCUGAAGAGGAAGAUUGAGAUCAACAAAAUCCAGUCUGUUUCUCUGAGCACUCUUCAGGACGACUUCUUCAUCAUCCAUGAAGAGGAGUACGACAGCGUUCUUCAGAGUGUCUUUAAAACUGAGUUUCUGAGUCUGCUGGUCAAACGUUAUGAGGACAAAACGCAGAGGAAGUUGCCACUAAAAUUCAAUAACCUCCUGGAGUUUAAGGUGAAGAAAGGUGGCUGGGGUCCGUUCAGCUCCUCAGGAUCCAGACAGAUCCAGUUCCAGGUGGGUCAGGGUUACGAGGCAGUCUUGAAGCCCAGCGGAAAGGUCCUGCAGGUCUCAAUCGGACCGGGCCUGCCUAAAAGCUCCCGUCCCACCCGGAAAGACAACCGGAAGAGCCGCUACAUGGGAAACCGUGCUCCACCCAGUAACCAGCAACACUCGGCAUCUCGCUCCAGAGGGGGUGGAGCCCUGAAGGAGGGCAGCGCCUACUCCAGAGGCUCGUUGCUGAGACAGCAGUCUAGCAUGGAGCAACCUACCCUGCCCCGCCUCCAGAACCAGCGUCGCCAUGACAGUCGUCCCCAUCAAAACCAGGAUAUGGGCUUUAUGGAUGUUCCCGAUCAGGGUGCCGCAGGGGUACACCGGCGCCGUUCAAAGGAGGUGAAGCCUCCUCCUGGAGCGGGUCGACCCAAACCGAAGCCCCGAACUCCUCACUGCAGAGCUCUGUACGCCUACGAUGCCCAGGACACCGAUGAGCUUAGCUUCAAUGCUGAGGACAUCAUUGAGAUAGUCACUGAAGAUCCAUCUGGUUGGUGGUUUGGUCGCUUGCGGGGCAGAGAGGGGAUGUUCCCUGGAAACUAUGUGGAGAAGAUCUAGACCUUGAUUCCAGGGGUCAGAGGUACCAACCUGCUGCUGCAGCUGGGGUCAUAGGUCAUAGGAGCUUUCAACACAUUGGUUGAGAGUUAAAAGGAGGCUGACUGCUGAAGAUGGCGUGCUAACAAACAGCUGCACUGUACCCAGAGGUGAAAGGUCAGGGUGUGGUGUGCCGACAUGCUGACUCCUGGACUCCCGAUGUCCCAUUAACGCUGCAUACAGGUUACAUGUCCCCAUAAAACUUCGUUUUCACAGUGUCCUCGUGUGACUUCAGUCUCUGAUCAUCUCAGGUGGAGCCCCGUAUAUCUGACAGUUUAUUGGUGUCCUCAUUCUGACACACUGCAUGUGCUAGAUUUUUAAAUUCCAGUUCAAAGACCUUCCAUCUUUCUGGUCUACAAGAGAUGGAGCGAGAGGAGGGCAGCAGGAGGCUGCAUCACGGCUUAGAGUUGAUGGUUAACCAGUGUUGUACACAAAUGUGAAUAACUAGUUUAGCCAGGUAGUAUUCAUGAGGCCGGUCAGUGAGGACAGCAAGGUUUAUUCAUCUGAAGUCCAUCCAGUGCCCCCUGCAGCCUGCAGUGUUUAUUACAGCCCUGAAAUAAAACAAAGUGAGCACAGUGGCAGAUUUAAAGCCCUGUACAGUAUUUGACAUUAACAGAGCAGAUGAACAGACCCUGAACGUCACACAGGAGCUUUGAUAUACAAAUAAAGGUAUUUUAUUUGUCUCAUCAUUAAAACGGAAAUAUUUUUUUACCUGAAAUAAACAGAUGUAGAUGAUGAA